AUGAUACCAACGAAGUUACGUGUGGCAGUAAUUGGGGCAGGAGCGGCAGGACUAUGCGCCGCCCGGCACAUCCUUGCUUCUUCUGAGACUUUUGCUCCACCGGUGGUGUUUGAGGCCUCAGAUCGCUUGGGAGGCACCUGGAUUUACACAGAGGAGAAAGAAGAUGCCAUGGGAAGAACCAUCCACUCCAGCAUGUAUCGUGACCUCAGGACCAACCUGCCCAAGGAAUCAAUGGCCUUUCCAGAUUUCCCCUUUGACCCAUCACUGCCUUCAUUCCUGCACCACUCGGAUGUUCUGGCCUACCUGGAUAGCUAUGCAGAGCAGUCUGGAGUCUGUGACCAUAUCAGGUUCCAAUGGCAAGUGGAGGAGGUCAGGCCUGUUGAGAGGGAUGCAGGCAGCCUAGGUGGCUGGGAAGUCACAGCAACAGUGCAGCACCCAGAGUCAACUCAGCAAGUCAAAGAGCACUUUGAUGCUGUCAUGGUCUGCACUGGCCAUUACACUGUCCCAUUUAUACCUCCCAUUCCUGGGUUGGACACUUUCCAAGGCCGUAUUCUGCACAGCCACUCCUACCGCUAUCCAGAGCCCUUUGCCAAUCAAUCUGUAGUGCUGGUAGGCGCUGGUCCAUCAGGAAUUGAUCUGGCCUUGCAACUCUCUGAUGUAGCUGCUCAAGUAGUGCUCAGCCAUAAAAGGCAACAUGUGUGCGGGCUGCCCAAGGAUGUGAUACAGGUACCCCCACUUUUGAAGGUGGGGCAAAAGACAAUGGUAUUCACUGACUGCUCCAAGAUGCCAGCUGAUGUCUUGAUUCUCUGUACAGGCUACAAGUACAACUUCCCCUUCUUGGACUUGGCCCAAUUGGGCUUACAAGAGACAGAUUAUGGAAUGGGCCCCCUGUACCAGCAUUUACUGCCCCCCCAGCACCCUUCACUCUUCUUGAUCGGCCUUUGUCAGCAGAUCUGUCCUUUCCCACACUUCCACUGCCAGGUGCUAUUUGCACUGGCUGUGCUAAGUGGGCGCUGUUCCCUCCCUUCUGUGGCUGACAUGGAGUCUGAAGUCCAAAGACAGCUGGGACAACAUUUGAAGAAUGGAGGGUUGGCCCGGUACUUCCUGAAGCUGAGGGAAAAACAGUGGAGCUAUAUGGAGGACCUAGCUCACCUUGCUGGAUUCCCACCUGUGCCACCUACUGUCCAACAAAUUUAUGAAGAUACCCAUGCCAACCGUCUCUGCAAUGUGACCACCUAUCGUAGCAGAAACUAUCGGCUAUUGGGCCCCAGUGCUUGGGAGUUGGUGCAGGAUUGUGGUGAGGAUUGCAUAAAGACUGGAGAUCCAAAAUGAGGACCUUUAGAAUGCUCCACCUGGCAUUCUUCUCUCUUCCUCUGUGUGGUUUUCCUUCUAAGGCCCAUCUGCAGUCGGGGAAAUCAGGCCAAGAACUGCCAGGUGAGACAGAGAAAGAACCAAAUCCCCUCAUGGCAUCAUUGAAAUACAAGAAAGAGCUUUUGUAGGGGAAACUUGAAGCAGAUCAUAAAGAGGGAGAAAUAAUGCAUAUUCCAUCAGAAGGAAAAAGGGGGGCUAGAU